AUGAAAAGGAGUCUAGCUGACACUUCCACUCGCAGCACGGCAGGUUGUCUGCCUGUACCUCUGUUCAAUCAGAAGAAAAGAAAUAGGCAGCCUCUCACUUCAAAUCCACCUGAAAAUGAGCCAGGUACCAGUUCUGAGACUCGCACUUGCAACUUUUCUCCCACAUCAUUGGGCCGGGGAACUGCGAACCCAGCAGAAGCUCAACUACAGAAAGCAGCAAACAGUGGGGCAGAAGACAAGGCUCCCAGUACUAAAGCUGGGAACAUAAAUGAGGAAAAGAAUUCUUUGCGCAUCAUAUCUGCAGUCAUUGAAAGUAUGAGGCACUGGAGUAAAUAUGCUGAUAAAACUCCAUUAUUAUUUGAAGUUUUAGGCACACUUGAUUCUGCAGUCACAACUGGAGCACAUGGGGCAAAGAAUUUUCUUCUGAGAGAUGGAAAGGAGAGUCUGCCUUGUGUAUUUUAUGAAAUUGACCGGCAGCUUCCAAGACUAAUUAGAGGUCAAGUGCACAGGUGCAUGGGAAACUACGACACAAAAAAGAACGUUUUCAAGUGUGUCUCUGUAAGACCAGCAACUAUUCAAGAACAAGCCACUUUCCAGGAAUUUGUUAAAAUUUCAGAUGCUGCGAUGACAGCAUAUGUAAAAUCAAUUAAUGAAAUUUAA